AUGGAAGCCGGCGGAUCAAGAGCGUAUCCGCGGCCGGAAGGCGAGGCCGGCGGGAACUAUUCGAACCUUGUUCGGCAUAGCAGCUCGCCCGCUGGUCUCUUCGAUCAGCUCCACGUAGAAAACGGGUAUGGAGUCAUGAGAGGGAUUGGGGGAUACAGGAAUGGGAAUGAGUCAAGAAUGAAGAGGCAAUCGUCGGCGACUGCGGCCGGGUUGAUGUCUCAGAUAUCGGAGAUCGACGAGGAAUCCAUGGGAGGCUACGGACUGGGUUCAUGGGAGGAGCAGAGGAGCAGAGACAGUCAAACAGAGAACGGCACGCUGAGUCAUCAGUUGGGCUUGCACAAGACUUCGUCGGAGAUGUCUGCGAUCGAGAAGUUCUUGCAGUUUCAGGAUUCGGUUCCUUGUAAGAUUAGAGCUAAACGAGGGUGUGCUACUCAUCCACGAAGCAUUGCCGAAAGGGUGAGGAGGACAAGGAUCAGCGAGCGCAUGAGGAAGCUACAGGAGCUUGUCCCCAACAUGGAUAAGCAAACUAACACCGCGGAUAUGCUAGAUUUGGCUGUGGACUACAUCAAAGAUCUCCAGAAACAGGUCAAGACUAUAUCCGAUAGGCGAGCCAACUGCACUUGCUCUAGUAGUAGUAAGCAAAAGCCAUACACCAACUCUACAGUGUGAGGUUGAGAGAGAGGAACUUCUCUCUCAGUAGAAUAGAGAUGUGGGAGAUGCUUUUAGCUUAGCAAAGCAGAGGAGAAUUAAUCAGAGAAAAUGUAUAGCUAUGCUUGUGAGGAAGUUAUACUUGCAAAAGUGUUGCUUUGCGUUGUAAUUUAUACUUGUUUAAUUAUGUAUAAUGUUAGAUGCCAUUAAGCAAA